CGAGGUCACCAGGCUGUGGGAGAUCCUGGACGAGGACCGCAGCGGCGGUAUCUCGGCGGCCGAGCUGCGCGGAAGCGCGCCAGGCCUGGCCGAGGGCACGUCGGACAGCGCCGGCGCCAUCGCUGGUGCCAGCAGCCCCACGACGGCCAGUGAUAGUACGAGGGCGACCACGGCAGCCUCCAACGCCAACCACAGCUUCGCCGAGGAUCGGCCCUGCCCUUGCGCCGCGGCCAACCUUCUCAGCAGGACGGCCACCUCUGACGGCGCCGGCCGGCCCAGAACCCGAGCCCUUUGGGCGCCUUUGCUCACCA